GUAUCUCAGUUUUCCUCUCCCCGUCUUCCAGAAGAAGCUGCCGCGGGCGAUCGAUGGCGGAUGGGGGAGGCGACUAAGUAGAGGGAGCAGCGUCUCGCCCGUUAAGAGAAGAGAAAUCCGUCCUUUCCCAGUUGAUUGCAUGCCAAGGUUGACUCGGUGCGCGCGCGUCUCCAUCUGUUAGUUCCUUUCCCUUUUCCUCCCUGUCUUCCGAAACGAGCAGCGGGCGGGCGGAGGAAGGGGGUCAUUAAGUAGAGGGAGGAGCGUCUCUCUUGUGAGGAGGAGAGCCCAGCGCCCGAUAAUUACCCUUCGGAGCCCUAGAAACCGCCCGAGGAGGACCAGCAGGAGGGAUGGCGGAGAGGCAGCUGAUCGUGGCGGUGGAAGGGACGGCGGCGCUUGGCCCGUACUGGCAGACCAUCCUCUCCGAUUACCUCGACAAGAUCAUCAGGUACUAUUAUGGAAAUGAGAUGACUGGGCAGAAGCUAAAUGGAGCAAAUCCUGAGCUUGCUUUGGUUGUAUUCAAUACUCAUGGGCCUUAUAGUGCUUUUGUUGUGGAUCGUAGUGGUUGGACGAAAGAUCUGGAUGUUUUCCUUCAGUGGUUGUCAGCAAUGCGUUUUACUGGUGGUGGUUUCACUGAAGCUGCAAUUGCUGAAGGUCUUUCUGAAGCAUUAAUGAUGUUUUCAGCUGCUUCAAACGUAACCGACAAUCAUCAAAAUCAUGAGACACAGAAACAUUGUAUUCUUGUUGCUGCAAGCAAUCCCCACCCUUUACCCACUCCUGUAUAUCGGCCUCCUGUUCCAGCUUCAGAGCACAAGGAGACUGGCGAAGUACAAACAGAAAAUGGUCUUGCAGAUGCUCAGACUGUCGCAAAAUCGUUUGGUCAGUGUUUUGUCUCAUUGUCAGUGAUUUCACCUAAGCAACUACCAAAUUUGAGAGAAAUAUAUAAUGCGGGAAAGAGAAAUCCUCGUGCUUUAGAUCCAUCUGUGGAUCAUGUCAGAAAUCCUCAGUAUCUAGUGUUACUGUCUGAGAACUUUAAGGAGGCUUGUGCUGCUCUAAGCCGUCCUUCAAUGCCAAACUUGACACAUAAUCAGGGCAUCUCAAAUCAAGGAAUUGUGAAGUUAGAUGGGGCUUCUGCUGCUCCUAUUUCAGGACCACCUGCAACUUCGAAUCCUUCAGUUAAUGGCUCAAUGAUGAACCGCCAACCAAUAACUGUCGGAAGUAUCCCCACAGCAACUGUAAAAGUGGAGCCCACAACUGUUUCUUCCAUGGUAUCUGGACCUGCUUUUUCACAUCUACCAUCAGUUGCUAAUGUUGCGUCUCAAGGAAUAUCCAGUCUACAAAAUUCUUCGCCAUCUAGUUCUCAGGAAAUGAAUGCUAGUAUUGACACCACACAGGAGAUUAAACCAUUAGUGAAUCCUAUAUCACAAUCAUCACGUCCUGCAGUUCCAGCUCCAGCAAAUGUUAGCAUUCUAAAUAAUCUUUCCCAACAUCGCCAAGUGAUGACCUCUGCCUCUAUAGCAGGAGGGAGCUCUAUUGGACUUCCAACAAUGGGUGGAACACCUAUGGCAGUGCACAUGUCAAAUAUGAUAUCUAGUGGAAUGUCAUCAUCUGCUUUAACAGGCAUUUCUUCAGUCCCUGUAUCAGGGGCACUGAUGACUACAUCGCAAGUUGCACAAAAUACAACACUUGGUUCACUCGCAUCAGCUACUUCAAAUUUAUCUGGAAACUCAAACAUUGGCAUUUCAUCAACACUGAAUAAUCUUCAGGGAAAUAUACCAGUAGGUCAGUCAGUAUCUAAUGUUGGACAGGGAACUUUGGGCUCAGGUGCACAGAUUGGCCAAGGUGGAAUGACCAUAAACCAAAACAUGAUGAACAAUCUUGUUCCCAGUGGUGUCUCCUCUGGACCUGGAACCAUGAUUCCAACACCAGGAAUGACUCAACAAUCUGGGGUACAUUCUCUUGGAGUCGCCAAUAAUUCUGCAAUUAACAUGUCAUUGACCCAACAUGCCCCUGGUAUUCAACAAUCCCAGUCCAAAUAUCUUAAAAUUUGGGAGGGAUCAUUGUCUGGACAGAGACAAGGGCAACCUGUCUUUAUUUGUAAACUUGAAGGAUAUAGGAGUCAAUCAGCCUCAGACUCGCUAGCAGCAGAUUGGCCAAUGACGAUGCAAAUUGUCCGUCUCAUUGCCCAAGAGCAUAUGAAUAACAAGCAAUAUGUUGGUAAGGCAGACUUUUUAGUAUUUCGAACACUAAAUCAGCAUGGAUUUCUUGGGCAGCUGCAAGAAAAGAAACUUUGUGCAGUCAUCCAGUUACCUUCACAAACAUUGCUUCUCUCUGUCUCAGACAAAGCUGGCCGUCUAAUUGGCAUGCUGUUCCCUGGGGAUAUGGUAGUAUUCAAGCCGCAAGUCUCUAGUCAACAGCAACAGCUUCAGCAGCAUCAACAACAACAACUUCAGCAACAACAACAACUUCAGCAGCAACAGCAGCAGCUUCAGCAGCAACAGCAGCUUCAGCAACAGCAGCAGCAGCAGCUUCAGCAGCAACAGCUUCAGCCACAGUCGCAAUCACAUUCGCUUCUCCAACAGCAGGCACAACAGCAUCAGCAUAUGCAACCACAACAGUUGCAGCAGCAAUCGCAGCCCCAGCAGCAGCAGCAGCAGCAACAACAACAACAACAGCAGCAAAUGGUUGGCACGGGAAUGGGUCAGACAUUUAUCCAAGGGCAUGGCAGGUCUCAAAUUAUGACGCAGGGCAAGUUAUCCCAAGCAGGGCCAACCAACAUGCCUGGAGGGGCAUUUUUACCUUAAAACACACGAAUAUUUGUCUUCAUGCUUUAAUUGUCAGGUCUGCUUUGUUUCUCUGUGUACCACGACGACGAUGAUUGUAUCACGACUUACCACAUGCUUCCUUCUUUCAAAUGUAGAACUUAUCGUAUGUUCAAUGUGUACAUAAAGACACCACGACUGUGGAGACAUGAACCCAAGCAAUCAGAUAAUUCUCAGCAUCUGGAGUUUAAAAUA